AAUUUCGCCAAGUAAGAUUUGAAAUAGCCGUCUGACCCGUGUUAUACGAAAAUAGAAGUGGUAAAGAAAUAGCAGCCACUCCCGCACCACACAGCAGCACCACACCACAUCGUUUUAUACGACUGGCGUAGAUAAAAGUACAAAAGCAAACCUCCCCCAUUGCUAGUCGUUUGGGGUAAAGUUCACAAAGCCCAUUGCCAACGGCGGAGCUACACACGACAGUUUUCAGCCGUCGCCAUGGCCGACAACAAUAAUCUACGAACCGCUGUGAUCAACGAGACACCUUUACUGCCGCCGACGAGCAUCGCUGGAGCUGGAUUUUCCAGUGGGCCUCCGCCAGAUGCAGUGCUGCGUACACCCUACGCCGGCAAUGUGCGCGCUCUACCAAGCCUCGCCCCACCACUCCCACAGUCGCCGUUUCAACAGACCCAAUACGGAUACGGCGGAGCAUAUGGAAACAAUAGCUACGGUGGUGGUUAUGGCAGCUACAACACUGGAGCAGGGUUCGGCGGUGGAUUUGGAGGAAUGGGCCAGUUUGGUGGCAGCUGGGGUGCUCCGUACAGGUCGUAUGGCGGUGACUUUGGCGGAGGCUACAACAGAUUUGGCGGCAUGGGCGGUAUGGGUGGCAUUGAUCCGGAGCAGCGUUUUAUCCAGAUGGCCGAGGCAAGUUCGCGCCCAGCGUUCCAGAGUAUAGAGUCCUUGGUAUCGGCCAUUGGAAACAUUGCCUCCAUGCUGGACUCGACAUUCUUUGCGCUAACAAGCUCAUUUCGGGCCAUACUCGGCGUGGCAGCGAACUUUGGACGUUUGCGCAGUGUUUUUGCGCAGUUCUGGACGACAUUUGCCAUCUUCCGUGGUCUGAAGUGGAUCUACAGAAAAAUUCUUUUCUGGCUGCGAUUGUCGAAUUUGGAUCCUUCUUCGGAGGCUUUUAAGAGGGCCUUUGCCGACGCUCUCAACGAGAACAAUGGUCAGGCCGGAGGAGGGCCACAACUUCCGCGAAAAAGAACCUCGCCCUGGCCGGUAUUAGCCUUCAUCAGCUUCAUAUUCACAGCCCCCUAUCUGAUCAUGAAGCUAAUGGGCACGGUGACGAACACGGCCCAGGAAGAAGCCCGCAAUCCAUCCAAAUGGAUCGCACCGAUUCACACCAAUGCUGUAUACGAUUUCACGGGACGCAAUCAGAGUGAACUUUCGCUGAGUGCCGGCCAGUCGCUCCAGGUGGCCCCCCGCGAGAUCCAACAGACUCUCAACCUGCUCAACACCGGCUGGGCCUUGGCCACCACGAAUGGUCAGACUUCAGGCAUCAUUCCUAUUAGCUAUGUAAAAUCGCCACAGCAACUGCGGCAGGAGAAUCAGGAACAAGUGAAACACACACAGUCACAGCCACAGCCGCAACCAGAGCUGAUGAAUCUGUCGGCAGGUGCUUUUCCGGCACCGCCGUUGGAUCAACAAAUGAACUACGACUUCAACCUGGCGGCCCAGCAACAGGCGCCCCUUGGCCCACCCUCAAUAUCGGCAUUUGAAGAGGGAUUCGCUUGAGUUGGUCCAGCCAGCCUGGCCCCUGUGUAGUUUAAGUAUCUUCGAUUGACCUGUUGUAUUUUAAGAUAACUUCCGCCUUCUGUAAGUAUAUUUCCAUUUAAGGCCUUUGAAUUUGUAUGUAAGACUGCUCUGCUCUGCGAUCCGAUCCCAAUGAACUAAAGUAAACUACAAACAAACCAGGAGUUCCACGACUCAUUUCCAUCGCCCUAGACUAGAGGUUGAGUUAGCCUCUAGUCUAGGGGUAUGCAAAUAGGGUGAAGAAAAGUAUAGAUGUUUUCUUUGUUUAUAUCAUAUUUUACAAUAUGCAAUUUACUUUAUUAACUCGUCACUCGAUUCGUUUGUCAGUUAUUCCCAUUGCGUGCAUCUGUAUGCAAUCCAAUCAUUAUUAAUUAUUCGAUUUGUUACACAACUACAUGCUCGACACUUACAUUUAAACGCACUCUAUUUGACUUGUCUACUAAUUUGUAAUUUGGAUUUGUAUCCACUUGAAGAUUGUAUAAAUUCUGAAAAUUUA